AAAUUUGACCCACUGUGCAAAGACAAAAUUCAAAAUCAAUUUUCCCUAAACCGAUUGGCGAUACCGAUUUGUAAUCGCCCACGACGCCCGGGGAAAAUGUCUCGUCCGACCGCAACAUUAAACAUAUAUAUUCUAUAUGCUCUUGGCCCGAUGCAUACAUAACCGAUCAUGUUCACGGUCACGUCGGAGAUCUACGGCGAGAACAAUUACCAGACGACCCGCGAUGGCGGUAAAGUGGUGUCCAAAUUCCGUUUCAUCUAUCCGGAGGAGAAGCUGGCGAGGAUUACGGCGGAUAAGGAUGGUGACCUCGUGGUGCCAAGGCCACGACAUGGCGUGAUCGAAUUGGAACAUUCCGAGGCCACGGAACUGCGAUUAGUGGGUUUGCAAGUGUGGCGGGGAGCCCUUCUCCUGGCGGAUUACCUCUUCUCGAAAAUCGAAGAGUUCUCCGACAAAACCCUAAUGGAACUUGGAGCUGGCGUGGGUCUGACCAGCAUCGCAGCGGGUAUACACAAUGCCGGACGGAUCUACUGCACGGAUGUGGAUCUAGGCUGCAUUCUAAAGCUAAUCCGGGGGAAUGUACAAAGAAAUUCCAAACUCCUCAGUGGUCAGGUCUAUGUACUGGAGUUUGAUUUCCUCGCCCCCAAAGAAGAACAAUCUCAGGAGCUCCUCGAAGCCAUCGACAAAAGCGACAUAAUCCUAGCUGCCGAUGUCAUCUACUGUGAUACCCUAACCGAUGCCUUCAUCUCCGUGGUGGAUAAUCUCCUUGAACGGGGACGCCAAACUGGCAGAUCCAAAACCAUAUUUAUGGCCUUGGAGAAGCGAUAUGUGUUCACCCUGGAGGAUUGCGAUUCCGUGGCCCCCAUGUACGAAUACCUCAUGCGGCAGACUGCCAAUAAGCCCUGGAAUAUGGAGCAUCUGCCUCUGGAUUUCCCUCAGUAUUUUGAGUAUGAUCGCUGCAAGCAACUGGUGCUGAUGAAGAUCACCGGUCGUUAGAGGUCUGGGAGACCUCAAAAAACCUUCCGCUUCUUAGAUUCAAAUGACAUCUUAAUGUACCUUAUUUAACUAGUUGAAUGAUGGCCUUACUAAGUUUGCUUGAUAUAUUACUUGAAUUAAACUAAUAAUUGCAAAAUGUCAGUGUUAGUUUUUUUAGAACCACAGGUUAAAUUUUAAGAAUUUGAAUAAAAAUCCUUAAAAUUAUGUAAUAAAUUACACAUUA